AUGAGCCAGCAGCAGGAAGAGCAGCACCAGCAGCGUCGGGAGCCUGUCAAGUAUCAAGUACUCUUCAAUGUGUCCGGGGAGCUUGCUUCCAAGCCGAUAGCGCCUCGAGAUGCAGAUGCUGCUGCUGUUGAGGCGGCUGAGCAUCUCGUGAUGGGGCAGGUCCGGAGGGGUGGAGUUGCCGCUAAGAUGCAGUCGGCGGCAGAUUUCAAUGUAAAGGAGGGCCUCCUCGGGCCAGGACAUGCAAAUUUUGCCAAGGAUGAGGGAGUGCCCAUGUCGGAGUUCUAUGUGGAUGGCAAAAUCAUCAUCAGCGAGCCUGUCUGUGGGCGGAGGAGGGAGUCACCAUAA